AUGGCUGCCGCAAUGGCGCACGAGGAGCAGGAGGAGCAGCGCGGGUUCUCGUUCGAGCUGUGCCGCCGAAACGAGUACCUCGGGAAGCAGGGAGUGAAGCUGCCGGGAUUCCUCAAGACCGGUACCACCAUCGUCGGCGCCGUAUUCAAGGAUGGCGUGGUGCUAGGAGCGGACACGCGGGCCACUAACGGGGCGAUUGUAGCGGAUAAGAACUGCGAGAAGAUCCACUACAUGGCGCCCAACAUCUACUGCUGCGGCGCUGGUACCGCCGCUGACACCGCGUUCGUCACGGAGAUGGUGAGCGGGCAGUUGGCACUGCACCGCCAGGCCACGGGCAGGCAGUCGAGGGUUGUCAGCGCCCUCACCAUUCUCAAGCAGCACCUCUUCAACUACCAGGGGCACAUCUCAGCAGCACUAGUGUUGGGGGGAAUGGACGUCAGCGGCCCGCAGCUGUACACCAUCUAUCCGCAUGGCAGCACGGACCGCCUGCCCUUUGGGUCCAUGGGGUCGGGAUCGCUGGCUGCCAUGGCCAUCCUUGAGUCCCAGUACAAGGAGGGCAUGACGAUGGAGGAGGGGGUAGCGCUCGUGUCAGCGGCCAUCCGGGCGGGUAUUUUCAACGACCUGGGGAGUGGCAGCAACGUGGAUAUCAACAUUAUCACCAAGGAUGGGGUGGAGGUUCGCAGGAACUUUGAGAAGCCCACACCACGCACUUACAGGGCUGCGGGCUACAAGUUUCCCCCAGGGACGACAA